AUGGAACUGCCUGUGCCACUCAUCUUGUUAUCGACCUGCUCUGUCUUUUGGCUCGUGUGGCGAACAGCUCGGGCAUAUGCAGCGACAUCGACUAUUAGUAGUCUGCCUGGACCUCCAUCCGGAGCGAUCCUUACAGGCAACUUGAAGCAAUGGUUCGCUCGGGAAGGCGAGGUGUUCCAGCAACACGUCGCUCUCGACUACGGCCCUAUCGUGAGGCUUCACGGUAUGCUGGGGCGGCCGAUGUUGUAUGUGGCAGACCCAAAAGCGCUCCACAUGAUCCUGAUAAAGGAGGAGCCGUUCUACCAGAAAGCGCGGCAUUCACGGAAGUGGCUCGCGUAUUCUUCGGGCCCGGGUUACUGUCGACUUCAGGCAGCGCAAGCUACUGCAUCCUGUGUUCUCGAUCAACCACAUGCGACACAUGCUGCCAUAUUCUAUGACGUUGUCUCCAAGCUUCGUGAUGCUAUCAAAGCUUCUGUUGAGAAGGGAGCAACCGAACUCGACAUAUUUGGCUGGAUGGUCCGCGUCGCGCUGGAACUGAUUGGUCAAGGAGGCUUGGGAUACUCCUUCGAUCCUCUAGUAGAGGAGAAAUCAGAUGCAUAUGCGGAAGCCAUCAAGUCACUCAAUCCGACGAUGGUAAGGCUUGCCAUUCUCCGGCGCGUCCUUCAGUAUGCCUGGAUGCUGGGACCCGCAUGGUUCCGGCGCAGCCUUGUACGGCUCAUGCCGGACACAUGGGCAAUCCCUCAAGUUGUCAAGAUUGUGGAGACUAUGGACAGACGAUCGCGAGAGAUCUACGAAGCCAAGAAGGCUGCGCUUCAUCAAGGUGACACGCAGGCAGUCAAGCAAGUCGGAGACGGCAAAGAUUUGAUGAGCAUUCUCAUGCGGGCCAACAUGGCUGCAAACAAGAGCGAACGGCUGUCCGAAGCGGAAGUGCUCGCGCAGAUGACAACCUUUGUAUUUGCCGCGAUAAAGACCACGUCGAGCACGCUCUGCCAUAUCCUGCAACUUCUCGCGAUCCACCAAGAUGUACAGCGGCAAUUACGCGAGGAACUCCUGGAAGCCCGCGCUGCGGACGGGAUACCGUAUGAUCAGCUGGACGGGCUGCCGCUGCUAGACAGUGUCUGCCGAGAAACCUUGAGAUUGUACCCUCCGGCCUCGAAUAUGAUCCGAGUAGCUACCAGAGAUAGGUUACUCCCACUCUCUCAGCCGAUCAGUACGACAGAUGGGAAGACGCUGAAUGAGAUCUUUGUUCCGAAAGGAACCGAGAUUUUGAUUGGAGUUUACGGGUCAAAUGCGAACAAAGAAUUUUGGGGAGACGACGCUCUGGAAUGGAGACCUCAUCGCUGGUCUAGACUUCCGUCUACCGUUUCAGAAGCUCGCAUACCAGGGGUAUAUUCGAACUUGCUGACUUUCAUUGCUGGGAAGCGAGCAUGCAUAGGGUUCAAAUUCUCCGAGAUGGAAAUGAGCAAGUCUCCGUUUACUGCCUUGAUUUGUGAUGCUGACUAUCUUGCAGAGGUCACGCUUGCUGUCCUCGUGACAAACUUCACAUUCGGCCUACCAGAGAAAGCUAUUGCGUGGAACGUAGCCGCGGUCUGGUAUCCCACGGUAGGGAGAGAUAGUACCGAACCGGAAAUGCCGCUCAAAGUGGGCCUGUUUGGAGUACACUGA